AUGAGUGAUAUUUCUAGAUUAACCAAUACCCAAAUUCAAAAUAUUAUAGAUUAUAUGAAUGAUCAGCAGGUUCAUAAAACCAUUACCAUUGAUAAUGAUCAGAAUCAUAUGACUUUAGCAGAAACGAUUUCAUCAGCCACAUCUCAAACAAAAUUUAGUAGUGAAAAUUUUGAUUAUUAUGGGAUUAUCAAUGAUACAUCAUGUGGUCUCAAAAGGACCUGCUCAUUAUUAUGCAGUUUAGAUCAUGAUGAUGAGGAAAGUAUAGAAGGUAGAUAUAAGGCUGGAUCCUAUUUUAUUAAAUGUAAACAGCACGAAAUUGAGAUAGUUGCAUAG